UGAUGGGCUCUGAAUAUGACCCUUGAGAUCCAGAACUCUCGUGUUCCAAUCCACAGAACCAAUGAGAAAUAGACAGACAGAGAGCGAGAGAUUGAGUGAGGGAGUGUGAGAGUCAAAGCGACAGAUAGGAUUUAUUCAGCACUGUCCUGCACAGGCCUGCGUUACAUCUACUGGAUCCAGCACUUUCUGCUUCUAAAAGGAACUGUUAACCAGCUGUGUCAAGGACAUUGAGAUAUCAAGACAUCAUGGAGUACACAUUUCGGGCGGUCACCCAGUCUCCCGGGAUUCUUAUUUGGCGAAUAGAGAAAAUGGAGUUGGUCCUGGUCCCGGAGAAAUCCCAUGGAAAUUUUUUCGAGGGUGACUGCUACGUGCUCCUUUAUACUCGUAAAGUGGGCAGCGCGGUGUCCUAUGACAUCCACUACUGGAUCGGCUCUGAGUCCAGUCAAGAUGAGCAAGGGGCAGCGGCCGUCUACACCGUGCAGCUGGACGAGUACCUGGGGUCCGGUCCGGUGCAGCAUCGUGAGGUCCAGAACCAUGAAUCCGACAGCUUCCGGGGAUAUUUCAAACAGGGCAUCAUCUAUAAGAAGGGUGGCGUGGCAUCAGGUAUGAGGCACACUGAGACAAACUCCUACGACAUUCAGAGACUCCUGCAUGUGAAGGGCAAGAGACGAGUGACUGCAAUGGAGGUGGAGAUGACCUGGCAGAGCUUCAACCUGGGCGACGUCUUUCUGCUGGACACGGGCAAAGUCAUCAUCCAGUGGAACGGCCCGGAGAGCAACAGACAGGAGAGGCUGAAGGGCAUGCAGUUGGCCAAGGACAUCCGUGACCGAGAGAGGGGGGGUCGGGCGGAGAUCGGGGUGAUCGAGGGGGAUGCGGAGGGGGACAGCACUCACCUGUUGGAGGCCAUGAAAAGCACUCUGGGAGAGCGGAGCCCCAAGCUGUCCAGCGCCGUCCCCGAUGACACGCCCGACCAGGAGCAGAAGGCCCAGCUCACUCUCUACCAUGUCUCCGAUGCUGACGGCAUGAUGAAGGUCACAGAGGUCGGGACACGGCCGCUAGUGCAGGAUUUAUUAAAUCACGAUGACUGCUAUUUCUUGGACCAGGGAGGACUGAAAGUGUUUGUGUGGAAAGGGAAGAGAGCCAACAAGGCUGAGAGACAGGCCGCCAUGUCCAGAGCUCUGGAGUUUAUCAAGCUGAAGGGGUACUCCCAUACCACCAACAUCGAGACUGUGAAUGACGGCGGAGAGUCGGCCCUCUUCAAGCAGCUCUUUCCCAGCUGGCGGGUCAAAGACCAGACCAUUGGCCUGGGCAAGAUCCACACCGUGGGGAGAGUUGCCACAGUGACCCAGGAGAAGUUCGAUGCCUCCAGGAUGCACGUUAUGCCAGAGGUGGCUGCCCAAGAGCGCAUGGUGGACGAUGGACACGGAGCAGUGGAGGUAUGGCGCAUAGAGAACCUGGAGCUGGUCCCUGUUGAGCCAGAGUGGCAUGGCUACUUCUAUGGCGGAGACUGCUACCUCAUCCUGUACACCUACCAUGUGAACAACAAGAGGCACUACAUCCUGUACAUAUGGCAGGGCCGACAUGCUUCCCAGGAUGAGUUGGCAGCCAGUGCCUUCCAGGCCGUGGACCUUGACCAGAAGUACAACGACGAGCCCGUCCAGGUUAGAGUGACCAUGGGCAAGGAGCCCCGGCACUUCAUGGCCAUUUUCAAGGGCAAGAUGGUCAUCUUUGAGGGUGGCACCUCUAGGAAGGAGGGCUCAGAUCCGGAGCCACCAGUGCGACUGUUCCAGGUCAGCGGUACUGACGAGUCCAACACCAAAGCCAUCGAGGUCCCCGCCCUGGCUGGCUGCCUCAACUCCAACGAUGUGUUUCUGCUGAAGAGCCAGACUGGUGUUUACGUGUGGUGUGGAAAGGGCUCCAGUGGUGACGAGAGAGCCAUGGCCAAGGAGGUCAGCACGGCCAUCACACAGGACAACACUGCCGUGGAGAUCAUCGCAGAGGGACAGGAGCCCGUAGAGUUUUGGACGCUGCUGGGAGGCAAGACUCCAUAUGCAAAUGAUAAGAGACUACAGCAGACCUCGCUGGAUCAUCAGCCACGCCUCUUUGAAUGCUCCAAUAAGACAGGCCGAUUUACUGUCUCCGAGGUUACGCAGUUCACUCAAGAUGACCUCAGCGAGGAUGACGUUAUGGUUUUAGACACAUGGGAUCAGGUGUUCCUGUGGGUGGGCAACCAGGCCAAUGACGAGGAGCGCAAGGAGUCCGUGGUCAUCUGCCAGGAGUACCUCCGCACCCACCCCGGCUCCCGUGACCCCGACACCCCCAUCCUGCUGGUCAAGCAGGGCUUUGAGCCCCCCACCUUCACGGGCUGGUUCAUGGCCUGGGACCCCACCAUAUGGAGCGGAGGGAAAACAUACGAGCAGCUGAAGAUGGAGCUUGGGGAAGUUACAUCAUUGACCAGAGUUGUACCUGAACAGAAUGGCAGCACAGAAGAUAUCAACUACCCGAGCUUCCCUGCGGACGAUCUUAUCAACAAGCAAGCCGAAGAACUACCCGAGGGAGUGGACCCUGCCCAAAAAGAGAAACACCUUUCAGACACAGACUUUGAGGCUAUAUUUGGAAUGGCUAAAGAACAGUUUGUCAAACUCCCACAGUGGAAGAAGAUCAGCUUGAAGAAGGGGAAAGGACUGUUCUAGUCAUCUGCACUACAAUGGAACAUUGUCAAUUCAUCUUUUUUGGUGACCGCCAUGUUUAAUUAUCAAAGUGUUUGCAAUUCUAUGUUAUUUUGAUUAUUUUAGAGAUUCAUUUUUCAUUAUGUAAAGCCAUCAUCAUUGUAAUGAUAUUUCCUGUAUUCCUCUUCAUACCAACAUGCCAUUAAGUACAUGCAUGAAUGUUUCAACUGUAUGCAUAUGGAAAAUAUUCUCCUUAUUAUUCAGUCAUUGUAAAUCGUUUUUUUGUUUGAUCGACUAGCUUCAGAGAUAAUUUUGCCCUAUGAUAGCAGCAUACUUUACAAUUACAUGAUGUUUUCUCAUGUUGUGACUGAGUUUUAGGCGUGAUAUUGAUUUCUCCAUUUCAAUAAUGAUUUCCUUGUUAGCCUGCAUUUGCCAAACUUUGCCAGAUUUUGUUGAUAGAAUGAUGUUAACAUAAUGAAAUAAAACUGCAUCCAGAUUGAUAUUGUGUUACUUUACUGAAAUUGUGAAUGCUAAGGAGGGUCCACUGAACAACCUUCACUUUGAUCCCAUCACUCCAAACAAUGAAUAUCAGAAAAGUGAUAGCUUUAUAAUGUACUACACACUGUGAAUUCACCUGCCCAUCAAAUGGAUAA